AUGGCCUACGCUGGAGGCCAGGCCGGAGGCUACACUGGAGGCUACACUGGUGGCUACACUGGCGGCUACACUGGAGGCCACACAGGCUACGGCGACGGCGACUCGCAGCAAGGGACCAUUGCUCCCAACGGAAACAGUGGAAAGAAAGGAAGGGGAAAGGGCGAUGGCAAGAAAGGCAAGAACGGCAAAGGAGGCGGUGACAGAGAUCGGGCACAGGCAUGGUCUGGGCAAGGCAACGUUGAGGCACUUUCUGGCUUUGACGCCAUGUCGGCUGCAGCGAGCAGCUAUGUCAAGAAGGCUCCCAAACAGGUGAAGGCACCGGCGGAGAUGAACGCGCCCUCGUACGAGGAGCGAAACCCAUACCGUCUCAAGAACAACAUCCGUGCCUGGCACACCGAUGGCUCUACCACCUCGGUGCCCGACCCUUACGGCACCUAUCCGGAGGCGCAGCUCCCACGGCCUCUCCUGGAGAGCUUCCGGCGUGCUGGCUUCCAAGCCCCCACAGCCAUCCAGGCACAGGUCUGGCCCAUCCUGGACAACGGCUGGGAUGUCAUCGGCAUCGCCAAGACCGGCUCGGGCAAGACUCUGGGCUUCUUGGUCCCCGCUUACCGGUGGAUGACCGCCAGCUACACCGCCGGCAUCCGCACCUUGAUUUUGGCACCCACGCGGGAGCUGGCCACGCAGAUCCACGACGAGGCCAGCAAGUUUGCCGGUGCCUCGGGCUUCUCCAGUGCCUGCGUCUACGGCGGCCAGCCCAAGCGCGAGCAAUUGCCGGCCGUCCGGGCGGGCGCCCCGAUCCUGGUGGCCACACCUGGGCGCCUCAACGACUUCCUGGAGUACAAGGACAUCAAUCUUUCCGCCGUGGGCUACCUCGUGUUCGACGAAGCAGACCGGAUGCUGGAUAUGGGGUUCGAGCCGCAGAUCCGCGACAUCAUGAAGAAGGUGCCCAGAAAGAGGCAGACGCUGAUGUUCAGUGCCACCUGGCCUGAGGAGGUGCAAAAUUUGGCGCAUGACUUCCUGAGUUCUCCCAUCCAUGUGCAAGCUGGCAAUACCUCCUCCCUGUCCGCCAACGAAGACAUCAGCCAGCAAGUCUGGAUGCUUAACUCCUCAGACGACAAGGACGCAGCGCUCGUCGAGGCCCUGCAGCUUUACGGGGGACCCCGACAGCGAGUCCUUGUCUUCGUGGCCAUGAAGAAGCAGUGUGACAUGGUGAUGCGGAUGCUCCGCAAGUGCCAGAUCUCGGCCAACACCAUGCACAGCGACAAGGACCAGCAGCAGCGAGAGGAGGCUCUGCAUCAAUUCAAAACCGGCGAGACCUCCGUGCUGAUCGCCACCGACGUCGCAGCCCGUGGGCUGGACAUCAAAGGCGUCACUUUGGUGAUUAAUUAUGACUCUGCCAACAGCACCGAAGAUCACGUCCACAGAAUAGGAAGAACAGGCCGUGCGGGGCAGAAAGGCCAUAGCAUCACCUUCCUCGCCAAGUCAGGCGAGGAUGCUUGGAAGGCCAUUGGGAUCGCGGAGGUGAUGCAGAAGGCGGGCUGCACAGUGCCUCCGGACAUGAAACAGGUCGUGGACCGGAUGCUGUGGAAACGCCAGCAGUCCCAGCAGAAUGAUUCACGCUGGGACAACCUGCCGAAGGUGCUGAUGGUGGCAGAGAAGCCUUCUGUGGCCAAACUGAUCGCAGAGAUCCUGUCAGGGGGCCGCAUGCGCUUCCGCAAAGGCCAGAGCCGGGCCGUGCAAAUCUAUGAGUUCAACAGCUGGUUUCCACCUGCGCACCAGCAGUGUCGAAUCAUACAGACCUCCACCAUCGGCCACGUCUUCGGAUUGGACUUCAAGGACAACCGCCCCAAGGACAUCGCCGACCUUUUCCAUGACCCGUGCAAGAAGACCAUCGAAGAUGGCACUGCCAAGAAUCGGAUCGUGGAGCACUUCCAGGAGCUCGCAGCGGAAGCCGACUACCUGGCACUGUGGCUGGACUGUGACAAGGAGGGAGAGAACAUCUGCUUCGAGGUGAUUUCCUUGUGCGAGAACGUUCCCAAGGACAACAUCUACAGGGCACAGUUCUCCGCCCUGACCGAGCCAGAGCUCCGAGGGGCCUACAACAACCUGGGCCGUCCUGACAAGCUCGCAGCACAAGCUGUGGAUGCUCGGCAGGAGUUGGACCUCAAGAUUGGCUGCAUCUUCACGCGGCUCAUGACCCGCCAGUAUCUCCGCUACGCUGUGGAGAAGUUCCGACUCCGUGACCAGACUUGCUUGAGCUACGGGCCCUGCCAGACGCCCACGCUGUGGUUCUGCGUUGAGAGGCAUAAGGAGAUCCAGAACUUCCAGAGGCAAGAGUUCUAUAAGCCUAAGAUUUCCGUGAACGUGGAUGGCUGGCCAUUGGAGUUUGACUGGCUCGAUGGCCAGACCUUCGAUGCAGGCCGCGUCAAGUCCCUGCAGUCUCGGGCACAGUCGGCGAAGCAGGCUACCGUGAAGGAGCUGAGGACCACCCCCAAGACCUUGAAGAAGCCGGUCGGCCUCAACACCGUGCAGCUGCUGAAAGCUGCCAGCACCGGUCUUGGUAUGUCUCCGGUGCAGUGCAUGAAGGUGGCCGAGCACCUUUACACCUCCGGGUACAUCUCCUAUCCACGUACCGAAACAACCAGGUACUCGGACACUUUCGACCUGCACACCGCCUUGCGGGAGCAAGCAGACCACCCGGCCUGGGGGAAGACGGUGAGCCAUCUGCUGCGGCAGGGGCAAAUCCGGAACCCGAAGACUGGCCGUGAUGUGGGAGACCAUCCCCCGAUCACGCCCAUGAAAGCUGCCCCCAGGGACGAGUUCAGCAAAGGCUCUGAGUGGCGGCUCUAUGACUUCAUCACGAGGCACUUCAUCGCGUCGUUAAUGCCGGACGUGGAGUAUGAGGAGAAGGCCUUGAUCGUGAAUGUCGGCGGGGAGGAGUUCGCCUACACCUACCACGAGAUGCGCGAGAGGGGCUUCCUCUUCGCCAUGCCCUGGAAGAGCAAGGAUUUGAACCUCAACGAGAUCGAUUGGAAGUUGCCUCGGCUGGCGCCAGGGAGUCGGCUCAGCGUCGAAGAGCUUUGGGUCGAGAGCGACUUCACCAAGCCGCCAGACUACCUGAAGGAGAGCGAGCUCGUGGCACUGAUGGACAAGCAUGGCAUCGGCACUGACGCCAGCAUCCCCCAGCACGUGGAAAACAUCUGCAACCGCAACUACGUGAUGGUCUGUGGCCCGGGGGAAGAUGGACAGCGCGGCGAGCGGAUACCCAAGGGAGGCAAGAAAGGCAAGGGCAAGGGCAAAGGCAAAGAGAAGGGUGGCAAGGGUCAAGGGGGUGAGAAGCCCCAGUCCCGACACAUGGUCCCAACGUCACUCGGGCUCAGCUUUUGUGCGGCCUUCGAGGAGUUGGAUGCAGAGCUUUGUCGGCCCCCCAUCCGAGCCUACAUGGAGAAGCAAUGUUCGCAAGUGGCGGAAGGAAUCCUGGACAAGGAAGACGUGGUGAAUGAGAACAUCAAGCUUUUCGAAACGAAGUUCCACAGCUUCAGGGGGCGCCUGAGCCAGCUCGACAAGUUCUUCGUCUCGAAGGACCAGAUUGGCAACAGCAUGGGUUACCGCGGAGGUGGCGAUUGGGGAGGUGGUGGAGGCGGAGGUGGUGGCACUUGGAAUGGAAGCUGGGAUGGUGGGGGCUACGGGGGCAAGAGCAGGGGAGGCGGGGGAGGCGCCAAGGGCCGUGGAAGAGGCGGCUGGCACUGA